AUGGCACACGACAAAUUGUCGGUCUGGCGCCGAAUGAACGCGCUUCAGACUCCCUGGUCCCCGCCUGCAUCUAUCUUCGCCAUGAAGGGGCUCCCGAAGCUUGGAGGAGUAGAUGACCGGGGGGGACAUGGGGCAACGACACGCUUCGCCGUUGCCAGCCUAUUUGUAUAUAAUCUUGCGGGCGCACCGCUCUCCCCCAUCCUCUCGACUUGGAACUUCAUCAGCUCCUCUCUCUGCCAGACGAACUAG